CGCAUGACGUCUGAUCCCGUGACCAGACUAUACCGUAAUGUAGUCAGCUGAUCAGUGGGUCGUGAACUAUCGGUGACAUUUAUGGUGAAAAGGUAAUAUUUAUAUCGCAUGAUAUCGCAGCAGGAUGUUGUCUCGUUUGUUGAAAGAGCACCAAGUGAAGCAAAAUGAACGAAAGGAGCUUCAGGAGAAGCGGAGGCGUGAAGCUAUUGCAGCUGCCACAUGUCUCACCGAAGCCCUUGUGGACCACCUCAAUGUUGGAGUUGCUCAGGCGUAUGUGAACCAGCGUAAACUUGAUCAUGAAGUGAAAACUUUGCAAGUCCAAGCAAGUCAGUUUUCCAAGCAAACGGCACAGUGGAUUAAUAUGGUGGAGGGUUUCAACCAGGCAUUGAAGGAAAUUGGGGACGUGGAGAACUGGGCUCGCAGCAUUGAGAUGGACAUGAGGACCAUCGCUACAGCUCUUGAAUAUGUUCACAAGGGACAGUUUCAAUCGACACCAUCAUAAAUUGGAAGAGACAUGGAUGGAAUCCAGACAUCCAGAAUAUAUAUUUUAAACUUGUGACAGUGAAGAUGCAUAGCAUUAAAGCAGAAAGAACUUCCCCGGUGCAACACGUCCAAUGAUCUGAUGAACUGCGUUGCACGACAAUGUUUUGUUUAAUAAACCACUUUACAGUCUUGUCAUGAAAUGUCCAACAAAGUAGUUUUAUUUGGAAUAUAAUUAUUUCUGUAACUUCACAUUGUGCAGUACCUUAAUAGCUGUACCUCCCAAUGUUUUUCAGCAUGUAAUAUUCUGUGUGUUAAUGUCAGUUUUUGUGAAAUUAAAUGGUUAUGUUUUCAAAAAAACUAAA